AUGUCCUACACCUUCUCCAUCCUCUCCCCGCUCGACGUCCCCCUCUUCACCCACGACUUCGGCACCUCCCGCUCAGGAGGCGACGGCGUCGCACGCUUCACGCCCUCCGAACGUGCACUAGUCCCCUUCAUCCUUCACUCCGCGCUCGACAUCGUCGAAGAAGUGCAAUGGGGUCCCUCGACAUCCUCAGGCAGCGCCCCAAUGUACCUCAAGCACAUCGACAAGUACCAGAACUGCUACAUUUCGUGCUGGAUCACAGGAGCAAACACACGGUUCCUGCUACUCACGCGGCCGCGCGAUGAGAGUCUGGGGUUGACGGGGAGCGGAGGUGGUGCGAGAGGGAGUCUCGCGGGCGGCAGGGCGGCGCUGGGUGGUGGGCAAGGACUGUACAAUCCGACGAGUCCGGCAACGGAAGAGGCUGUCAAGAACUUCUUUGUCGAUGUGUACGAGGCGUGGAUGAAGACUAUCAUGAGCCCGUUUUUCCAUGUGGGCAAUGGAGAUGUGGUCAAGAGCCCGGUGUUCAGGCAGAAAGUUGUGGCGGCUGCAAAGAAGUACCUAUGA